AGUUUGUCUGUCGACUACAUCCCACAACUGCCUCCUCAGUUCCUCACCUCUUAAGUUCGACUGGAAUCUCUUUUUCUUCUUUAUUCUUUGUUGGUAAACCGCCAAUUCAUUUGAAAUAAAAACAGAAGUCAAACACCAUUCUUUCAGCACUAGGCAUGCUGUCAAUAUUUGGAAAACAAAUGGAAAAUGGUAUACUUGUUGACAUUGGCGUCCAGGGGAAGGAUGGUGACUAGAGCUACCAGUGCGUGAUUUUGAUUAGGUUUAUAUUUGAAGUGGUGAUGCGUUUCCCUUCUAAAGGGCCAAAACCUCUGGUUCCACUGGAUUGAUAGAGGCCAGACUCUUUUUAGUAGGCCUUGUACAUUCUUCAAAAGGUGCAGCAUCAGUGGAGUGAGCACAGGAGCUUUAUGGGCACAACAUUUGUGUUGAUGUAAAAGAAUCCUUGGUCAUCAGAUCUCUCUCUUCCUCUCCAUCCAUGAAUUUAUCUGUAUUCCCAUGUUCUCUUUCACAUGCAUCUUCUGCAUCUUUACUUCCAGCCAUUGUCUGUUCUUUCAGACCAAUAUCCUUAUCCACUGCAAGAAAACCCACCUCUGCAAUAAUCUCUGCAAGAGACAGAAUCAUAGAUUUUGGAAAAUACAAAGGGAAGAUGCUGGGAACUCUCCCUUCAAAGUACCUCAAGUGGAUCUCUAAAAAUCUCAGAGCUCGUGAUUUUGAAGAAUGGGCAAAGCUUGCAGAUGAAGUUUUACAAGACCCAGUUUACAGAGAUAGGUUAGAAUGGGAAUAUGCAGAUAAAAUCCUAAAUGGUGAUGAUUCAAGGGCUUCAAGAACAGAGAGUCCUGUUUCAGAUCUUCUAGAAAUUAGUGAGAGUUUUGGUUGGAAUAAUGAAGACAAGGUUGCAUGGAGUAGAAUCAACUUUGAACUUCUUGGAACUUCAAAAGGUGGUCGGAUACCGAGAAAUAGAAUUAAAAAGGAUGAAGAGCUUAGUGGUUCCAUGAAAACAAGACUUCAGGUUUCCCAAGUUGAAGGGAGGGUUCCUUUGAAAAAGGACUUGGGAUUGGAAAGGGAGAAGAAAUAUAAAGUUAGUUUUCUGAGUACAGAUUCAAGGGAUCCUAAGAUUGAACAAAUGUGCACUUUUGGGAAGGAUUUGGGUCUGAAAAAUGAGAAAAAAUCAAGUUCUCUAAUAACAAGUUCUAGUUUUUUAAUGACUAAAGAGACAGGUGUUCCUUCGAAGAGUAAUCUAAAUUUCCAAGAAGGAAAGUUGGGACUUCCGAAUAAGCAGUCUGUGGUUCCUGAUGUUGCAGUGGAGAGGAAGGUAGGUUUUCUGAGGAAAGGUUUUAGGGUUUCUUUUGCUGCAGAAGGGGAGGCUUUUGAAGAGGAGAGUAAUGUUACAAUGAGACGGGAAGAGAGGAGAGAAAGACAAAGACUGAAGAGAAGUCUUCAAUUGAACAAAUUGAGAACAGAAAUUAGGGGAAAAGAUAAAGAUAGAGCGAAUGAUGAUGAUAGCAAGAUCGUAUUUCAAUCUAAUAAAGAUCAAGCUGAGGAUAAGAUGGUGGUGAACCGUAGUCCUUUCCCUGGACGUGAAGCCCUUCUGAAAAAAGUUCUCAGUAAUAGAAGAGGUUUAUAAUCCUCUUUGCUUAACCAUGCACUAGCAGAAUGCUCGGGCAGGAGUGCAGGCUGCAUAUCACCAGAUAAUGAAUCUGUUGUUUAACAAGUAAUGUUGAAGAUAUAUGAUAAUUUACCAAGGCAACUUUGUUCUAAACUAAUACAUUUGGAAUGAGAUCACAUGUUUUGACUUAAUUUGGACCUUAACAUCUUGUAAGAUAUGCAGUCCUGUAAGAGAUCUUGAUUCAAUUAAAGGUGCUGACCUGAGAGUUUCUUGUUUCA